UUCUUUUUCUAUUAGAAACGACAGCCUGGCCGAUUUGUCUUUAUAUCGUCAAACUCAAAACACUCGUUUCUGUUGUCGAAUUCGUGUUGUUAGCGAGUUUGGUGUAGCAGCGCAACAGGAGUUCCUGUCUUAAAGGGUCUUUAGUUUUUUACGUUUCGGUAGUUAACGCAUAGAAUAGUCAUGAGUGCCAUACGGGCGAAAGCCUUUCGAGCCAUAAUUCUUGGUGCUCCAGCAUCGGGAAAAGGAACGAUAUCUUCGCGAAUCGUUCGCGAUUUCAAGAUGAAGCACUUGUCUGGCGGCGACUUGUUACGAUCACAAAUUAGCGCCAAAACUGAUGUUGGGUUAUUGGCAAAAACAUUUAUGGACAAGGGUUCUCUUGUUCCAGAUGAUGUUAUGUCUACCCUAAUCAUUAAUGAACUUGCACUCAUAAAGCAACAUAGUUGGCUGCUUGAUGGAUUUCCACGAACCUUGAAACAGGCUGAAAUACUUCACCAACAGGAACAUGCUGAUGUUGUGAUAAGUCUGGAUGUACCUGAGGAAGAAAUUGUGCAAAGAGUUGCUGGUCGUUGGACCCACAUAUCUAGUGGAAGAGUUUACAACACAGAAUUUAACCCUCCUAAAGUUCCUGGUGUUGAUGAUGUAACUGGUGAAAAAUUGAUCCAAAGAGAUGAUGACAAACCUGAAGCUGUGAGAAAAAGGUUGCAAACAUAUGAAGCCAAUAUUAAGCCAAUAUUGGACUAUUACAAUCAUCAUGGUGUACUAAAGCUGUUUGAGGGAAGGUUUACCAAUGAAAUAUGGCCUAAAGUGCAUGAGUUUUUGUCAGAAAAGAUCCCGCCGAAAUCUAAUUGAUUUAUGCAUGCGGAUUUGGAUGCCUUGUUAUACCACUCAGCACUUGGUUCAAUUUUGAUAUUCUAAUGAGAAUGUUAUAUUAGUGGAAAGAGAAAAGUUUAUGUUUAACAAUUUCAACAUUCCUGUUCAGAAAUUCAUUGUUCUAGCAAAGUUCGCGUCGAUUUUUGUUCUGCUUGUAUUUAGCUAGUCCUGGAAAGGGAUAUUAUAUUCAAUUAAGCAUAAAGGUGCUGUUUUCAUUAGUUUGUCAACAAAUAAGUGAAAAUAUGAAAGGGAAACUUUUAAAAAGUCACAUAAGAUCAGCUAACUGAUAGCAAAUUGCUUCCAUGUUCUCAUUGAUCUUAUCCUGAACUGUAGCUAAUUCUUUCUUCAAGUAAUGCACUUCACGGAUAAGAAUGUCAUUUUCAGCUUCUUCCUUAACAUGACGCAUGUCUUGCAAUUCCUGUUUUGCCAAUUGCAAUCUAGCCAUCUAUAACACAAUCCUCAAUUAGUUUGGAAAUUUAACAAGAAAUAAACUACUAACCAAUUCUA